AGAACGGUUCUAGUUUGGGUCAUGGUGAGAUGGAAUAAAAGAAAAAAGGAAAAAGAAAAAGAAAAAAAAAAGAUGGCAUAAAUGUUGAGCCCUAGGCAGUACGUGUCCCUCACUCUCUGUGGACGUGUUUUCCUCUAGCAUGUCCCCCAUCCACUCUGCCAGUUCUUCCUUCAGCUCUGACAUUAAUGUUGACGUUCGACCUACAUCUACCAAUCUCACCCUACCCCAUUCAUUCCCUCUCAAACUUGCUCGCAGCGAUCAUGACUUGACCCAUGAUGCUCCAUUCACACUCGAGGAAGGGGAUCGGACCAAAGAUACACUAACUGUAAGGGCUGAGGAUGAUCCGCCUGUAGGCGUAUCAGUUGCUGAAGGAUGCAUUAUCCAAGACGUUCAUGUUGCAACCGCACCAUUUGAUUUACUGGCGUUCAUACUUCCAAGCGCUUUCACAACUUACUCUGCAGACAUCUUCCUUCGCAACCUGGAGGGGAGUCUCCACGCACAAGAGACCAAGAUUGUCACCGUCAAACGCCUCGUAAAGCAGAAUGCUGUGCGACACUGGUAUCUCGUACUACUGCUUACUCGAGACGGGAUCCCGGACUUCGGCGUGAGGGUGGACCGUUUUCGAGAUCACACCCUCUCGUUACUUCAAUUUGUCCUGCGCCGUGGGAAAUCGGAUGCAGUGGACACAGUGACACUAUCUGGAGACACGCAUCUGCUUUACGACGGGAGGUCAAAGGAGGAAGCAACACUAGAGCUACCACAACCUGUGUCUUUCCUCGAUUUCAUGAGGAUCCUUGGGGUUGUGUUGGACGAAUGCAAUUCAUAUAGUCUAUUUGGGGAAAACUGCCGGUUCGUCACCUCGAUCCUUGAAGAGAUACUGGUGGAUACAUUCGGUGCUCGCUAUGCAACAGGUGAAGCGGCCCAUUUGCGUUUUGCCAGAAAGACGCGUGCUAGAAUUCGGGACCGGUUCAGGCUUGGGGAGAAUGUCUAGGUAGCGAAAGACUGGACUGGUUCCAUGCUUGUGUCUACCUGUAUCUAGAGGAUUUCUGGUUAGACCUGCAUCUCAGAGUUGGGACCAGGCACUGAAAAUCAUUCCGUGCUGAAUAAUACAGGA